AUGGCGGGUGGGCCGGAGCAUCUGGAACGCGCCCAGGUGAGGAAGGCGGUGGAGGCCCUCCUGGCUUUCGCCAGAAGCAAGGCCAAGGGGGACGCGCUGCUCCUCAACGAGAGCGAGAACGUCCACCUCCUGGUGACGGUCUGGAAGGUCCCGCGGGUGGCUCAGGUCAUCAAAAUACCACUGCCCCAUGGCAUUCGACCAGAAACAGCUGAGGUUUGCCUGUUCACAAAGGAUGAACCAAAUUUAUCAGCAGAACAGACUGAAAAUCUGUACAAGAAACUUUUAAUCCAGAAUGGAAUCAGAAGUGUUAGCCAGGUCAUCUCAUACAAAACUCUCAAAAAAGAGUAUAAACUAUUUGAAGCAAAGCGUCGCCUCCUGAACAGAUUUGAUCUCUUUCUGUCUGAUGACCGAAUUAGAAGGCUUUUGCCCUCACAUCUAGGAAAACACUUUUAUGAAAGGAAAAAGGCACCUUUGUCUGUAAACCUGAAAGCCAGAAAUCUUGCUAAGGAGCUACAAAAACAUAUCCAGGGGACUACACUCCCAGUUACCAACAAAGGGUGCUGUUAUACAGCACGUAUAGGUCACACUGGAAUGAAAGCUGACGAGAUAAUAGAUAAUAUUAUUGCAGCAGCUGAGGUGAUGGCUAAGAAGUUACCAAAGAAUUGGAAAAACGUAAAAAUUCUUCACCUCAAAACACUUAAAUCAGUUGCACUUCCGAUUUUUACUGCAAACAUCUCCAACUUGGAUGAGCUUGACAGACAGCCACCUCUCAAAAAAAAGGAAGUAAAGAAGGGAGAGAACAAGAAACCGAAGAAGGCAGCUAAAAAACUGAAUUCAAGUCAAGUCAGUUUGACAACUGAAAUUAAUACUGCUGCUGCCAAGGAGCUUGCAAUAAAAGCAAAAGUAGAAGUAGUCCAAGAACCAGGUGAUCGUGAUGAUGAUGAAGAAAUUCCACAACUGGUGCCUAUGCAAACAACUAGCUUAGCUGAGCUGAAGAAAAUGGAACCAAGUCCAGAAAAAGGUGACAACCUGGGCAAGAAAACUAAAACACCCCUUGGUAAGAGAAAGAAACAACACCUAGCUGUGGAGACUCCCAAAACAGAACAUAAAGUUACAGAAGAGUGUGCAGAGUUGCAGACAUCACCAAAACAGAAAAAAGCCAAGCAGCUCAGCGUGCCAAAGGAAGCAAGAAAAGAAAAAGAGAUGAAAAAGACUCCCAAAAAGCCUGAAGCAAAGUCUUUUGCAACACCCAAAGCUGGCAAAUCAAUACAGUCAGCCAAGAAGUCUUCAAAAACACCAAAGCAAGCACCCAAGAAAGUGCGCAGGCCACAGUCAGCAUGAAUGUUGUCUGUUGUAACACAUUUUACAUAGUCAUUCAGUGGUGUCUUUUCAGUAAACAAAUAUAUUGAUGAAGUAAAAUACCUUCUUAAAAAAAUCUGCUCAUAAGAGCUUUUUUCACUGAGACCUGUAACGAUUCAUUUGUUUCCUUCUAACUGAUGAGUUGGAACAAAUAAACUCACAAUCUUAAUUGGUUCUAUUUCUUACCUUUUAUCUUUUCCUGGCCCAAACUAAAAGCACUCAAAUUCUUUAAGUGUUAAAGGGCAGGGAGGGGACUAUUCCAGGAAAAAAAAGCUGAGAAAUAUUUUAUAAGUGACAUUUUCCUGAAGCAUAGCUUGGGACUGGAACAAAGGCUGAAGCAAGAAGCAUGCACACAGAGCAGCAAUCUAUUUAACAUGUGAUUUAAAAUAUGAAAUAGCUGCUACCAUUUUUUCUUGAAUUGUUCAAUAUAAUGAAAACAGGUUGACAUCUAUUGAUCGUAUUCCAGAUAUUUAAGUUAGCAGCCUGAUAACAAGCAAACAAUGUAUUUUUUAGCUAUUUUUACCUAAGGUAUUUGUGUGUUUAAAAAAAAAAAAAAAAGCAUGGAAAAUUAUACUUACAUCGUUUUAUGCUUUGAUCAUUUGUACUUCAUGACAUCAAGCAAAAUCUCCUUACCUUCACUUUUGGGCUUUAUUUCUGCUACCAGAACAAUUGAGGGUAUCCCUGCAUGCUGGUUGCAAUACUGCAAUUUUUUUCAUCUGAAAAAAAAAAGGCUGUAUGAAUUUCGGGUGUGCUAGCUAAGUGAACCAGUCCCAUAAAGGCAUGAAAAAUACGUGCUGUAGAACUGAAAGGUUAUAUAUUUGAAAUUUUACAGAGUAACCAAAGUGUUUGCAUGAUUACUUCACAUCCUUCUCAGAGUAAGAAUACAAGGCAGACUUGUGCUAGUGGUAAAAAUCUUUAUUAGCAGUAUUUUACUCAAAUCCAAGUAGGAAGAAGGUCGUAAGAGACAAGAAGAUUCAUCAACAGUAUGUAACCAGCCUAAUUUGAAGAGUUCAAAAAAAAUCUAUCCCAUCUCCUAUUUAGGGCAUCCCAUAUCAAUAGAUUUGCUACCUAGAAAGUAAUUGGGUGCUAGAUAAAAAGUGGUAAAAGAAACACUAAAGAAUAUGAAAAGAUUCUGGUUGAUCCAUGGUGUCAACUUUCUGUAACCUGUGAGCUCUUGUUCUAGUCUACCAUAAACAUUUUUUAAUCAUGAAACAAACUAAUCUUAGCCAACAAAGCAAGUCUGACUCAGUGAUCCCUGUUAGAUCCAUGCUAACAAAAAGAUCUGGUCUUGUCCAAAAAUAGUCCCAUCACUUUCUAGUCUAGGCUGCAAAAUACUACUUCACUUCCCUAAUAGCGAAGUAAGAGAAUCGAUACAGAACUCUCCUUUCUGGAAAUGUGGUUUUGUAUCUAAUAAUUAAUGUUAAAAUGUUUCAGAAUUUGUAGAUGUGCAGAAAAUUAUGAAAUGAAGAUAUUAUCUUCUCUAUGAGUAAUUGAUAGUGAACCGUACUAGCUUGUAGGUGCUGGAAAAAUACAUCCUUCACAUUGAAAUACAAGUGCUGCCUUGAAAUUCUGCAGCAUCUUGAGCCAGUCUAUGUUGAGACUGCAGUAGUUAGUCUUUUGCCUUUUCUUUGAUAGCAGUUCUGGAAUUCAUACACCUUGGUAAGACAUGUAAAGCAUCUGAUUGACACAGCUACAAAUCAACCCAUUGGGGAAAAAAACAUAUA